CUAUAAGGUGUCAGGAUGUCACUGUCUAUCUUUCCAUGGAGGAGUGGGAGUAUGUAGAGGGACACAAGGAUCUGUACAAGGACGUGAUGAUGGAGAUUCGUUGGCCUCUUCAAUUAGAAGAUGGAUCCAAUCAGAGGAAUAGCCCAGAGGUGUGUCCUCGUCCUUCCCACUCACAGGAUGGUACAGAGGCAGGUCACCAUAUACUGCAGGAGUGUCAGCAGUGUAUGGAGCAGGAAAUCCCUACAGAUAUCAGCACAGGUGGACAGCACAGCAGGAAUACCUCAGCAGGACAUCUAAUUUCAUCAGGAGAUUGUGAAAUGGAAGUAAAUGUCACCCAAGAUUCUCCAAGACAAAUCCCAGAUACCCCCGGUAUCCAUCCAGUACUUCCCGCUGCAGCUAGCUCAUCGGACGGCUUUGGAUAUGGGAGAGGUUUUCGUGAUAACUUAGAUAUAAUUAUAAAUGAAAUUGUUCGUAAAACUGACGCUUUAUCACAUUACGGGAAGUUACUUAAUCCCAAGUUCAAAUUUCCAUGUUCGCAGUGUGGGAAAUUAUUCGGGACCAAAUCUGGUUGUGUUUCGCAUCAGAAAAGUCACACAGGCGGCCAACUGUUCCCGUGUUCUGAGUGCGGGAAAUGUUUUCCAUGUAAGAGAGCUAUGGUUAUACAUCAGAGGACUCACACUGGGGAACGGCCCUUUGUAUGCACUGAGUGUGGGAAAGGUUUUGCGUGUAAGAGAUCACUUGUCCAUCACCAGAUAACACACAGACCCGAUAAACCAUUUCCGUGUUCAGAGUGUGAUAAAGGUUUUGGAUCUAAGUCACGUCUGAUUUUACAUCAGAAAAUUCACACAGGGGAGAAACCAUUUUCCUGUUCCGAGUGUGGGAAAUGUUUUAGAGUGAAGUCAUCUCUCGUUACGCACGAGAGAAUUCACACCGGUGCCAAGCCGUACCUGUGCACCGACUGCGGGAAAAGUUUUAGACAGAUCAGCGUCUUUAUUACACAUAAGAGGACUCACACUGGUGAGAAACCCUAUUCCUGUACGGAGUGUGACAAAUGUUUUUCUAAUUUUUCUGGUCUUAUUGAACAUCGGAGAAGGCACACUGGGAAAAAGCCGUUUCCAUGUCCUGAGUGUGAUAAGUGUUUCACACAUAAAUCCUAUCUGGUUAACCAUCAAAAAAUUCACACUGGUGAAAAGUAAUUUUCAUGCUGUGAAUGUAGGAAAUGCAGAUCUCAGGCUUUGUGCAAUAUGGGAAAAUGCACCCUGGUUAAAAGCCCAAUUUAAUAUUGUUUUUUCUAAUUCUGAAAAAUGUUUUGUUGGUGAGCUAUCCUUUGGAAUCAGAUACAUAUACUAUAGUGUUCAUUCUAGCACCCUGCACCUGUCAUAACUCGUGCAGUUCCUCUUUCCUGCCUGGGGUGUGGCUUUCUGCUCUGGUGCUUCUAGCACAGUCUGGUCUGUAUCUCAGCACUGAGAUACAUACCAGAGGGCAGA